AUGGCCGCUCCGCCUCGCCGCCGCGUCUUGCCGCCGCCGCUCCCAGACCUAGCAACCACCUCGCCGCCGGCGCUCCCCAACGAGCUCAUCAAAGAGAUCCUCCUUCGCCUCCCGCCCGACGACCCGGCCUGCCUCCUCCGCGCCUCCCUCGUCUGCAAGGCCUGGAGCGGCAUCGUCUCCCACCCCGCCUUCCGCCGCCGCCUCCACGAGCUCCACCGCGCACCCCCGGUGCUCGGCUUCCUCCACGACUGGGAUGACGACCGCAUCCCCCACUUCGUCUCCACCACCGCCUCCUCCUUCUCCCUCGCCGCUCCGGAUCGCCGCUUCUGGCGGGCCCUCGACUGCCGCCACGGCCGCGCCGUCUUCCUCUCUGGCCGGGAGGAUACCAACGAACUCCUCGUGUGGGAGCCAAUCACGGGCACCCAGCAGCGCAUACCAGUUCCUGCAGCGUUCGAGAUGACGGCUUCGACGGCUUCCUCCACGACUGGGUUGAUGUACAGAACCGCGGCCGUGGUGUGCGCAGCGGACGGGUGCGACCACCAAGGCUGCCAUGGGGGUCCUUUCUGCGUGCUCCUCGUCUCCACUGCCUCCAUCUUGUCCGAGUACGGUCCAUUCGACGACUUUGUCACAUCCGCGUGCCUCUACUCGUCGGAGACUGGCGCGUGGGGUGAGCUGACCUCGAUGCAGGACGAGUUCAUGAUGGACUUUACAUAUUUCUCCAGCGUUCUUGUUGGGAGGUCGCUGCUCUACUUCCUCUCCUACCGUGGGCGGAUCCUGGAGUACGAUUUGGCCACUCAUGGCUUGGCUGUGUUGAGCACGCCGCCUCAAAGUAUCUGCUGCUCUGAAGGAUUUAACGUCAUGCUGACGGAGGACGGUGGACUGGCGCUUAUCGAAGCCUUGAGUCCGGAUCUCAAAUUGUGGGAAAGGGAGGCGAGUGAGGGCACAGAUGCACAAUGGGUACUGAGCCAGGUCAUCUCCUUGGACUUUUUGCUCCCUGCUAUUGUCGGUCCAAGAGAUUCUGUGCUAGUGUUGGGCUUUGCCGAGGGAGCAAACACUAUUUUCGUGAACACUCUUCACAAUCUAUUCAUGAUCGAUCUACAGUCGGAGCAGGUGAAAAAGGUGUGUGAUGGUCGUGGCUUCUGUAAUUUGAUUCCAGUUGUUAGCUUCUACACUCCACAUUCUAGGCUCCAAGUGCCCGGGGACGAAAACCACAACCCAGCGCUGCAGCUGAACCUACUGAGUGGUGGUCAGCAGGGGGGAUGGGAGGAGAAAUCACUAGAGUUGGCACAAGAACUGUUCGAUAAGGGAUGCAAGGCUAUCAAGGAGAAGAACUUCGCCAAUGCGGUUGACUGCUUCAGCCACGCCCUCGAGAUCAGGGUUCGACAUUAUGGAGGACUUGCUCUCGAGUGUGCUAGCACGUUUUCCAGAUAUGGAUGUGCCUUGGUAUGCAAAGCUUGGGAGGCGACCAAUCCUCCAGGGGCAAACUUGAAUGGGAAAGAUCUGAAGGAUGAGAACAUGACAGGUAAUGGAGAUGAUUCUGAUUUGAAUCUUGCCUGGAAAAUGUUGGAUACUGCAAGAGUGAUAGUUGCCAAGGGCCCAGAGAAUACAAUGGAGAAAUGCACUAUAUUUUAUGCCCUAGCUGAAGUCGCCAUGAAAAGAGAGGACUGGGACAACUCAAUUGGUUACUACUUCAAAGCUUUAGCCAUCUUGGAGCAUUUGGUUAGGCCUGACCAUAUUCGUAUUGCGGAACUGUAUCCUCUUCAUGGUGAUAGUGUUGUCAAUCACUUAUAGCAAUAUAUUUGCAACCCAAGUGCUGUUUCAUCCUUCUGGGUUGUAUCUCUGGGGUUUCAGGGACACACUUGGUCAGU